GACAGAUGUGCGUCUACAUCUACGUGUUUUAUACACAGGUCCAGUGGUGGGAUUCAACAUUUGACGACGAAAAAUGAUUUCAAAGACGCUUGCCUUCUGUGUGGUAUUCCUUUGCUGUAGUACGUACUUCUUUUAUUGUAAACUGAAGAAAGAUUUCAGAAUGGGUUUGACAAGGGACUUCUCUCGAUAUACUGCAGCAGAAAUCACAAACAAUAUACAGAGUAAUGCAAGAAACAUUACAAAAUAUUUUAACGGAAAGAUCGAGCGAGAUUACCCAGGAACCGGAAACAUAAAAGAAGGCAAGGAUGGAUGUCUGGUCAGCGACGAUGGAAACAGUGGUAACUAUACGGAAAGACGAGUAACGGCUCUAUUCUUUGAAAGGUUAUCACAUAAGAACAAAGAGGAAUAUAGGGACCUCAUCAGAACCUUCAGUAAAUAUGUGCCCUCCAACAUCACUUACUUCCUCUAUGCAGGAACUCUCCUCGGAUCCUACUCACAUCACGGCAUCAUUCCCUGGGACGAUGAUAUGGAUAUUAUUGUCAGGGAAAAUGACAAACCUGCAUUACUGACAUUCUUGAAGUCUCUCGGUCCAGAGUAUGAAAUUUACACUGAAUGGUCAGUAAACUGGAAAUUGUAUCACACAAAAUCCCCAAAGGCAGGUACUCGAAAAUGGAAUUGGCCAUUCCUCGAUAUAUUCUUUUAUUCGGAACACCCUUCUUUCAUCCAAGAAUCUAGGGAACUGUGGAAAAUAUAUAAUAAGCGUGAUGUGUUUCCUUUGAUGACACGGCCCUUCAUGGGAAUGAUGCUGCCAGUACCAAAGAAGACCCGGGAGGUGUUGGAGCUGCAUUACAAGAUAGAUAUGUGUGUGUCGAAUUCCUAUGAUCACAGACUGGAAAAGGAUGUGCCAAGAAAAUGUGUAUCAAAACUUCCUUGUUCUCUCCUGAAAGACAAGUUUCCCUUUGUGGUCAGAACGUACUCAUCAACAAAUACAUCUGUUGAAAUACUUGAAUAUGGCUAUAGCGUUCAUCAAAAAGAGACUUUGGCAUAAUAACAUCUGUCCUGUCAUUCGUAUUCAUGCCAGUGUGGACAGUUCCUUCUAUAAGUUUCUUAGUGAGAGACCAUUAUAUUUCCUGAUCAGUUUUGACUUGGGUUUUGCGGUUGACGCCCUUAAGUUUUGUUCUUUUUAAUUUAGUUUAUUUUGCAUCCAUAAUCCAUUGAUUAUCCCUUCUGUCGUGUGAAGAACAUGUAAAAUCCAUACCGGUUUCCUCUCAAGUGUGAACCUACUCCACUUUACUUCAAGCUGGUAACACUCAUUAGAUAAACAGCUGUAUAGAUUUUAAGAGCAGGCAGCGGUUGUUAUGCUUGUAAACGGGCCAACGGAUAAGGUGUUAUACAGGCUUGCAACUGUAGCAGCCUGAUACUAAAGCUGCUGUACAGGAAUCACGCUGUUGGAGAUGAUGGAUGAUGCCUCAAUAAAGUGACCAAAAUACCU